GGUUUGGAGGUGACUUCUGUUGUGUCUGGUGGACGCCGGAAAGGUGUCGGACCGAGGGGGGAGGGUGCUGAGACUGCUUGGAACUUGCCGACGACGCAUCACCAUGAGUCGACUGUACACCGUGGUACUUGCCGCGACAGUGGGAAGCGCGGCCCUCUGGUCCUGUUGGCUCGUUCAUCAAUGGCGUCAACGGCGCCGGCGCCUUCACAACAUCCGUGAAGACUGCAAGCGACAGCUGCGCCAAGUCACGGCCGCCAAUCACCCUUCUUGCUUGGGACGCAGCCGCGAAGAGGGGCGAGCACGGCGCCUGGCACGCAUUCGGGACCGCAUUCGAUCUGGCAAGCCCAUUCGUGUCCUCAGCCUGGAUGGCGGCGGAGUGCGCGGGGCUUUUGCUGCACGCAUAAUGGAGCGGAUCGAAGAGGACAUGCCCGAGUUUGUUGACAGCGUUGAUGUAUUUGCUGGCACCUCGACCGGCACGCUGAUUGCCGGCCUGAUGUGCAUGGGGCAUUCGGCCGCCGUCACGCGCAAACUCUUUGACUUGGGUGCCGUCAUCAUCUUUGGCCUGCCUCCGAUAUUGCGGGGUUGGAGCCCCUUUCAUGCUGCGCGCGACGGCUCAAACAAGAACAGCGUUUUCUCAGAGAUUGCAUCCGGUGCGCACAUGUGGGAGCUGGAGCGUUACUUGCUGGCACCCACCUUUCGCAUGCACACACCUGGCGACGCUUGCACGGGACAAAAUCAGUAUCAUGCGCAUUCAAUCUGGCACCCGGAUUGCAUCUCCAACUUUCUCGAUGCCAAGACUGGUGAAGACAACCCUCGCCACCUUGAUUUGCCGCUCUACAAAGUGGCCAUGAUGGCCACGGCCGCUCCGACCAAGUUUCCCGUCUACGAGGGCUUUAUUGAUGGUGGCAUGUUUGCGAAUACGCCGGCGCUGGAAGGAGUAUCCGCCAUUCUCGCCGCCUUUCCGGAAGUGGACAUUAGCCAAAUUGUCGUGCUCAGCAUUGGCACGGGGCAAAUAGCCAACAGCGUGCACACUGGCUUGCGCCGUGCUCAUUGGGGUCUGUUUCAGGGCUUUUUGGAAAAGCCGGUCGAGUUGAUUGACGGAAGCAUCGAAAAGUAUGUGUAA